AUGGAGAAGUUCUACCAAGGGUUAGAACCAGUGACGCAGUCAGUUGCGAAUAAUGCAGCUGAUGGGUGGUUAUCGAGUCGAAUCGGUGGAGACCUCAGCCAAGGUCAAGGUGCUUAUAACAACUCUGGGAACUACAACAAUAAUUAUGGUGGUGCGAACCAAAGGAGCUACAACAACUUUGGGAACAAGAGUUCCAAUCCUUAUAUACCACCGAAAGGGCAGUCAACAGAGCAAGGUAGUUCGAAGGUUGAAUCAAUGCUUGUGAAGAUUCUAGCAAAUCAGUCUAAGUCUGAGAGGACUUUAUCUGGGCUGACAGAGACAGUGGGUUCCCAUACAUCGGCUAUUCAGAAGCUCGAAUCACAGAUGAGAGAUAUUUCUAGAGAGCAGCACCCUCCUAAAAAGGGAGGACUUCCGAGUGACACUAUUCCAAAUCCAAAGAAUGGGGGAGGCGGUGUAGACCGUGUGUUUGCCAUCACUACUAGGAGUGGUAAAAUGCUCCAAGAGGCUGAUGAGAAGGUGAUUGAUCUUGAGCUGAUAGAUGAAGAGGAUGAGGUGCAGUCUGAAGCACCCAUUAUUGUUGAUGAAAAUGCUACUGACAAGAAGGUUGCUGAUAUUCCGGAGAUUGCAAAGGCAGCUGAGAACAUGAGCAAGCAGCCUGUGAAAGGGGCUCUCCGCCCUUUGACUCAGCUUUUCAAAUCUACACCACCCUUUCCUCAGAGGUUGGUAAAGAAGAAGGAAGAUGCUAAGUUCAUGAAGUUUUAUGAUCAGCUGAAGCAGUUAUCUCUAAAUUUCCCCUUCUCGGAUGCUGUCAAGGAGAUGCUCGAUUUUGCUAAAUAUUUGAAGGACUUGCUGACCAAGAAGAAAACGGUUCAACAUGAAACCGUAAGUUUGACUCACACUGUGAGUUCCAUCAUCUCAACUACUACUGUUCAGAAGAAGGGAGAUCCUGGGGCGUUUGGGAUGCCAAGGGCGACGACUAUGAGGUUACAAAUGGCCGAUAGGUCUAUCAAAACCCGUGGGGUGGUUGAUGAUGUACUUGUGCGGGUUAGUGAUUUUAUGUUGCCCGCUGAUUUUGUAAUUCUUGACUGUGCUGUUGAUAGGGACAUUCCUAUUAUUCUGGGGAGACCUUUCCUUGCUACAGGGAGAGCUCUGAUAGAUUCGAAGAAAAAUGAAAUCAAGUUCCGAGUCAACGAUGAAGAAGUGACUUUUUAG